GCCAUAUUGCAUUACUGUCCAAGUUGAAAACAUACCGUGUUCGUACAUUGUAGUUAAAUUUUGUGUCCAACUCUUCGUAUUGUUUUAUUUUGUGGUAUCUUGGUUGUUUCUUUAUAGUUACUACCUGAAGGGUAGCAACACACAACAGCCAAGAUGCCGCGUAUCAUGAUCAAGGGGGGUGUAUGGCGAAACACCGAGGUAAGUUGGCAUGGCUAACGCUACGGUGUGCUGCUAGCUAGUUUCUAACUAAUAUUCAAAUACUUUUAGCUAGGUAAGUCAAAUCUUACGCCAGGCUAACUAGCUACCAUGUACAUGUAUUGAUUUAGCUACUCAACAGCGUGUAAUUCACUGGAUCACGUUGGCUAACAUUAGUUGGCUAGUCAACUAGCUAGCUAACAACAUUAGUUAGUUUAAGGUAGCUAGCUAGUAACGUUAGCUGCUUAUAGCAGCGCUGGUGUAUUUAACGUUAUUUACACAAUAACGUUAGCGUUGCUCGUAAUAUGGUUGAAAAAAAACGUUAGAGUCCGAGGUGCCAGAAGUUAAAUACAAUUAUAUUUAAACUUUGCAGGUGUUUGGGACGGUUGGUGAAGAUUUAACAACAAAAUAAUCGAUUAUUUGCCUGUCGGCUCCCAUUUUUUAUUGGUGUCAAGUUUCGAUUCUGCUAGGAAUCGACUCCUAAGAGUCUGUAUUUUUGCAACAAUGGAUGGAGACUGAAUAUUUGCCGCAGGCUACUUCCGAGAACAAACUCUUACAUAUUUCAUAGCAAAGAAAGAGCGAGCUGAGGGUAGGGGCACAGCCAGGCAUAGGUAGGCAGGUCGGUCACCAGGCAAACGGUCAGAACCGUGCAUUGGUCAUCAAAAGCUGUAUUUCGCAAAUACUUUGCUUACAAUUUCUUGCAAGUCACAAAAGUAGGGGAUAUCAAUGAGUAGGCUAUUCUACACGCAACAGACCGAAAGUUGAACACACACUCGUAUCUUUCCUAGCAAAGAGAGAGCAGGCGAGUCCACGAGGGAGAGAAAUGAGGGGCAGCCAGACAGUUGGAACAGUGUGCAAAGGCUAUAUCUUGGUAAACUGUAUCUCGCAAUGUCUUGACUCGCCAAAAGUAUAUCAAUUAGAAUGGCGAAGAUAUUCUACAUUGUGCCAGUGAAUUUAAGUUAAACAUCACCAAAUGAGUCAGGUUAAUUAGGCAGUAAAUGUGCAAUAAAAAGUAUGGUGCCUAUAGCUUAUUUAAUGAAACCCUGGCUGUUGAUGCCCUAGGCCAGAGAUCAUCAACUAGAUUAAGCCGCUAGACAUUCCUUUUUCUUGAGCAGAUGGUUAGGGGGCGGAACAUAAUUACAAAUAAUUUGUAUACUGCAAAUUGACCGCAAGAAGCCCAAACAUAAUAUUUGACUAAAACAUAAUAAUUUCAAACCUUGCAUACCUUUACAGUUGAAGUCAGAAGUUUACAUACACUUAGGUUGGAGUCAUUAAAACUCGUAUUUCAACCACUCCACAAAUUUCUUGUUAACAAACUAUAGUUUUGGCAAGUCGGUUAGGACAUCUACUUUGUACCUGUGGAUGUAUUUCAAGGCCUACCUUCAAACUCAGUGCCUCUUUGCUUGACAUCAUGGAAAAAUCCAAAAAAAUCAGCCAAGACCUCAAAGAAAAUGGUAGACCUCCACAAGUCUGGUUCAUCCUUGGGAGCAAUUUCCAAACGCCUGAAGGUACCAUGUUCAUCUGUACAAACAAUAGUAUGCGAGUAUAAACACCAUGGGACCACGCAGCUGUCAUACCGCUCAGAAAGGAGACGCAUUCUGUCUCCUAGAGAUGGAAGUACUUUGGUGCGAAAAGUGCAAAUCUGUCCCAGAACAACAGCAAAGGACCUUGUGAAGAUAAUGGAGGAAACAGGUACAAGAGUAUCUAUAUCCACAGUAAAACUAGUCCUAUAGCGACAUAACCUGAAAGGCCGCUCAGCAAGGAAGAAGCCACUGCUCCAAAACCGCCAUAAAAAAGACGUACUACGGUUUGCAACUGCACAUGGGGACAAAGAUAGUACUUUUUGGAGAAAUGUCCUCUGGUCUGAUGAAACAAAAAUAGAACUGUUUGGCCAUAAUGACCAUCGUUAUGUUUGGAGGAAAAAGGGGGUUGCUUGCAAGCCGAAGAACACCAUCCCAACCGUGAAGCACGGGGGUGGCAGCAUCAUGCUGUGGGGGUGCUUUGCUGCAGGAGGGACUGGUGCACUUCACAAAAUAGAUGGCAUCAUGAGGAAGGAAAAUUAUGUGGAUAUAUUGAAGCAACAUCUCAAGACAUCAGUCAGGAAGUUAAAGCUUGGUCGCAAAUGGGUCUUCCAAAUGGACAAUGACCCCAAGCAUACUUAGAAAGUUAUGGCAGAAUGGCUUAAGGACAACAAAGUCAAGGUAUUGGAGUAGCCAUCGCAAAGCCCUGACCUCAAUCCUAUAGAAAUUGUGGGCAGAAUUGAAAAAGCGUGUGUGAGCAAGGAGGCCUACAAACCUGACUCAGUUACACCAGCUCUGUCUGGAGGAAUGGGCCAAAAUUCACCCAACUUAUUGUGGGAAGCUUGUGGAAGGCUACCCAGACCGUUUGAUCCAAGUAAACAAUUUAAAGGCAAUGCUACCAAAUACUAAUUGAGUGUAUGUAGACUUCUGACCCACUGGGAAUGUGAUGAAAUAAAUAAAAGCUGAAAUAAAUCAUUCUCUCUACUAUUAUACUGACAUUUCACAUUCUUAAAAUUAAAGUGGUGAUCCUAACUGACCUAAGACAGGGAAUUUUUACUAGGAUUAUUAUUGUCAGGAAUUGUGAAACUGAGUUUAAAUGUAUUUGGCUAAGGUGUAUGUAAACUUCCGACUUCAACUAUAUAUGAUCACAUAUAUCUCUCUAUUAUGCGUGAGAAUACUUUGGAACAGAUUUCCAAAUAGAAAAUCACUUGGAAUAGAUUUGCUGGUGUUUUUUAGCUCAACUUGGGGGGCUAAAUAAAAUCAUCGCCCAUGGGCAGCCAGUUGGGGAACCCCGUCCUAGUCAAUAGAUUACAAAGCUGGCCAUCCCCGAUUCCCCACUGAACUAAAGUUUUUGGAAAUGGAAAGUUCACUUUCUCAUCCAAGUGUUGCAAAUACGGUUCAGCAGCUCAAAUCAGCAGAAUGGUGGGCAUUUGAAUUAGGAAGGACGUCUACCAUUGAUCACUAAAAUAAUGAUUUUUGAUCACACUUCCUCAAUUUAAAUAUUAUGGGGACUCCUAUACAUUUGGCAGCCAAGCACAAGUUUUCCAUUUAGCCUAUUAUUGUCUAGAGUUGACUUUGAAAUAUCUAAACGCCUAGAAUAAAAACCUCCACUCCAGGGGCCUCAUUUAUCAAUAUUGUGUAGAAACUAUUCUAAAAUACUACUUACGAACAGAAUUUAGAAUGGUCCUACGCAUAGUGUAAUUUAUCAAACAAUCCUACUAGCGUCAUACGCACACCGGCAGGCGAUAACCAUUGAUAAAUACCAAUGGUUCUCAGUGCUCAUGCAUGACCUAUGCUGUUUGCAUUUCCCAACGCCCCUGAUUAACCAUAUAUGGUCCUCUGUAGCUCAAUUGGUAGAGCAUGGCGCUUGUAAUGCCAGGGUAGUGGGUUCGAUCCCCGGGACCACCCAUACGUAAAAAUGUAUGCGCACAUGACUGUAAGUCGCUUUGGAUAAAAGCGUCUGCUAUAUGGCUUAUUAUUAUUAUUUAUUAUUAUUAAAAUCAUACCUUUAAAGCCCGUGGGGAAUAUACAACGCUGCACCAUGAAAUACAAGGGCGCAACCAAAAAAAGAUACAAAACAUAACUGUUCCGAGACUGAAAUAGAGGCGCUAGUGUCAGAUUGAGUACAACCUAAAGGUUUUAUUUGGCUAGCUUAGUUGUGGCUUGACCAGUAAAAAUAAAAACAUGGCUACAAAGAGAGUACCAUUAGGACAAUACAAGUUGCUUUAGCAAUGGCAAAUAUAGCCUAUUUCAAAUGAUUAGGCAACACUCACCAAUAAGCCAUCCAUCCUCAACAGCUCCUUACUGUAGGCGUAUAGGCCAACAUUGCUGUUUUGAAGAAUGAACGAGUCUAGAGUUCCACCUGGCCACAACGUUCAGCAGCGUCUUUUGCACAUCACAUAACUUAUCACCUGCCCAUAAAGAGUGGAAGCCUUUUCUGUUCACAUAGUUGAAAUAGUUUUGGGAUGGUAAUAUUAUGGCAAUUUGGGUGCAGUCUAUUGCUCCGUUGGUAUUUGGGAACGCAUUGAUGGCAUCAUGGCAAAGAAACCCCUCUUGACUUCAACCUGUUGUGUGAUGGUGUAUGGAAAUUGUAUGUGUUACUGUUCAUUUAGCUGAUUAUUGCAUCCAAAACUUUGGCUCAUCGAGGGCUAUGAGAUGCCGAUCGGCAAGCUCCCGUUGAAAAGUGCCCGUUGCCUAAAACCAGAGGGUGGAGAGCACUUGGAUGUGCACCGGAAUGGAAUGUUGGCUUUUUAAAAGUAGGUCUUAAAUCCUCGCAAAAAUCUUCUAAGAUUGGUUUUGGGAAAAUAUAUCUGAUGAGCCAAUCUGUACUUUCUGUAGAAAAAGUCCCACUUGUCUCUAAAAACGCGCUCUGCGAAAUGCAGCAUGUGCCAAAUCUUCAAACCGCAAGACCAGGCUCUCAUUUGAUUUUCCAUUAUGUCUUUUAUAGUAUUUCAACAAUGGUUUCACUUUCUCUAAAGAAAGAAAUUACUGAUUUUACAGAUUUGUGCCUACGCAUGAUUGAUAAAUGAGGCCCCAGGCUUUUGUCAUAAGUCAAUUGAAUGACGUUUUUUUUUGUUUCAAGGGGCUGUUUGGAAAAAACUAAUCAUUUGAGACUUGUACUCUGGAAUAACCCACAUGCUUGCAUAAUACACUGCUCAAAAAAAUUAAGGGAACACUUAAACAACACAAUGUAACUCCAAGUCAAUCACACUUCUGUGAAAUCAAACUGUCCACUUAGGAAGCAACACUGAUUGACAAUACAUUUCACAUGCUGUUGUGCAAAUGGAAUAGACAACAGGUGGAAAUUAUAGGCAAUUAGCAAGACACCCCCAAUAAAGGACUGGUUUUGCAGGUGGUGACCACAGACCACUUCUCAGUUCCUAUGCUUCCUGGCUGAUGUUUUGGUCACUUUUGAAUGCUGGCGGUGCUUUCAUUCUAGUGGUAGCAUGAGACGGAGUCUACAACCCACACAAGUGGUUCAGAUAGUGCAGCUCAUCCAGGAUGGCACAUCAAUGCGAGCUGUGGCAAGAAGGUUUGCUGUGUCUGUCAGCGUAGUGUCCAGAGCAUGGAGGCGCUACCAGGAGACAGGCCAGUACAUCAGGAGACGUGGAGGAGGCCGUAGGAGGGCAACAACCCAGCAGCAGGACUGCUACCUCCGCCUUUGUGCAAGGAGGAGCAGAAGGAGCACUGCCAGAGCCCUGCAAAAUGACCUCCAGCAGGCCACAAAUGUGCAUGUGUCUGCUCAAAUGGUCAGAAACAGACUACAUGAGGGUGGUAUGAGGGCCCGACGUCCACAGGUGGGGGUUGUGCUUACAUCCCAACACCGUGCAGGACGUUUGGCAUUUGCCAGAGAACACCAAGAUUGGCAAAUUCGCCACUGGAGCCCUGUGCUCUUCACAGAUGAAAGCAGGUUCACACUGAGCACAUGUGACAGACGUGACAGAGUCUGGAGACGCCGUGGAGAACGUUCUGCUGCCUGCAACAUCCUCCAGCAUGACUGGUUUGGCGGUGGGACAGUCAUGGUGUGGGGUGGCAUUUCUUUGGGGGGCCGCACAGCCCUCCAUGUGCUCGCCAGAGGUAGCCUGACUGCCAUUAGGUACAGAGAUGAGAUCCUCAGACCCCUUGUGAGACCAUAUGCUGGUGCGGUUGGCCCUGGGUUCCUCCUAAUGCAAGAGAAUGCUAGACCUCAUGUGGCUGGAGUGUGUCAGCAGUUCCUGCAAGAGGAAGGCAUUGAUGCUAUGGACUGGCCCGCCCGUUCCCCAGACCUGAAUCCAAUUGAGCACAUCUGGGACAUCAUGUCUCGCUCCAUCCAACAACGCCACGUUGCACCACAGACUGUCCAGGAGUUGGCGGAUGCUUUAGUCCAGGUCUGGGAGGAGAUCCCUCAGGAGACCAUCCGCCACCUCAUCAGGAGCAUGCCCAGGCGUUGUAGGGAGGUCAUACAGGCACGUGGAGGCCACACUCACUACUGAGCCUCAUUUUGACUUGUUUUAAGGACAUUACAUCAAAGUUGGAUCAGCCUGUAGUGUGGUUUUCCACUUUAAUUUUGAGGGUGACUCCAAAUCCAGACCUCCAUGGGUUGAUAAAUUUGAUUUCCAUUGAUAAUUUUUGUGAUUUUUUUGUCAGCAUAUUCAACUAUGUAAAGAAAAAAGUAUUUGAUUAUUUAAUUCAUUCAGAUCUAGGAUGUGUUAUUUUAGUGUUCCCUUUAUUUUUUUGAGUAGUGUAUUUAGAUAACCAACAUCUCUACUAAUACUAGUCCCGUCCAAUCAGGGCUAGGCUAUAUAACACGGCAAAGAGUAGGCUUUUCGGCGUAGUGUGCCGCAUCAUCCCCUGGGAUCUGUUAAGGCUACACAGAGCAAAAACUUCACUGAAAUAUUUUAGUUCCUGAACAUCACCUUCUAUAUUCAAAUAGAAUAGGCCUUUUAUAAAUUGCCAAGCAAAUGGGCAACAUCAUGUUCAUGCCAGUCCUCCCUAGAAUGCAAUAUUAGUCUUCCUAGUAAGACUGCAAUAAUGAGGUGGCGUGUGCGCAGCCAUUGUGUAUUUUGGGAGUCGAGCAAGAGUCCACUACUUCGACUCCUAAAAUCCUGGAGUCGUUCACCGCGAGCAGCAGGUUGACGUUAAUCUUGCCCUGGAGGCAUAACUGAGCGAUUUAUGCUAGAUGGGCCAGCUGUAAAGUCAAAAUUGGCUAUAUCGUAAAAAUCUAUGAAAAGAAAAAUUAGCUUUUUGGUAUUAAUUUAAGGUUAGGUAUUAGGGUUAGCUGUGCGGUUAGGUUUAAAAUCAGAUUUUGUGGCUGUGGCAGCCAGUGACCACUCUGCAGAGCUGCCUCCAGGGCUAGCCGACUGAACUCAACUCCAUGAUUUACAAUGGACCGUUCAGUUUUUUUGCAUCCCAUUAAUGAGCCACCCUGUGUGUAAAUAUACUAGUGUUGCUAAAAGUAGCUCACUAGCUGAAUUUUUCCAUUUGUAUGUCUCUGCGUGCAAUAGCGUUAGCGCAAUUGCUAACUACCAUUAGCGCAAUGACUGAAAGUCUAUGGGUAUACAGUGAGGGGAAAAAAGUAUUUGAUCCCCUGCUGAUUUUGUACGUUUGCCCACUGACAAAGACAUGAUCAGUCUAUAAUUUUAAUGGUAGGUUUAUUUGAACAGUGAGAGACAGAAUAACAACAACAAAAUCCAGAAAAAUGCAUGUAAAAAAUGUUAUAAAUUGAUUUGCAUUUUAAUGAGGGAAAUAAGUAUUUGACCCCUCUGCAAAACAUGACUUAGUACUUGGUGGCAAAACCCUUGUUGGCAAUCAGAGGUCAGACGUUUCUUGUAGUUGGCCACCAGGUUUGCACACAUCUCAGGAGGGAUUUUGUCCCACUCCUCUUUGCAGAUCUUCUCCAAGUCAUUAAGGUUUCGAGGCUGACGUUUGGCAAGUCGAACCUUCAGCUCCCUCCACAGAUUUUCUAUGGGAUUAAGGUCUGGAGACUGGCUAGGCCACUCCAGGACCUUAAUGUGCUUCUUCUUGAGCCACUCCUUUGUUGCCUUGGCCGUGUGUUUUGGGUCAUUGUCAUUCUGGAAUACCCAGCCGCGACCCAUUUUCAGUGCCCUGGCUGAGAGAAGGAGGUUCUCACCCAAGAUUUGACGGUACAUGGCCCCGUCCAUCGUCCCUUUGAUGCGGUGAAGUUGUCCUGUCCCCUUAGCAGAAAAACACCCCCAAAGCAUAAUAUUUCCAUCUCCAUGUUUGAUGGUGGGGAUGGUGUUCUUGGGGUCAUAGGCAGCAUUCCUCCUCCAAACACGGCGAGUUGAGUUGAUGCCAAAGAGCUCGAUUUUGGUCUCAUCUGACCACAACACUUUCACCCAGUUCUCCUCUGAAUCAUUCAGAUGUUCAUUGGCAAACUUCAGACGGGCCUGUAUAUGCGCUUUCUUGAGCAGGGGGACCUUGCGGGCGCUGCAGGAUUUCAGUCCUUCACGGCGUAGUGUGUUACCAAUUGUUUUCUUGGUGACUAUGGUCCCAGCUGCCAUGAGAUCAUUGACAAUAUCCUCCCGUGUAGUUCUGGGCUGAUUCCUCACCAUUCUCAUGAUCAUUGCAACUCCACGAGGUGAGAUCUUGCAUGGAGCCCCAGUCUGAGGGAGAUUGACAGUUCUUUUGUGUUUCUUCCAUUUGCGAGUAAUCACACCAACUGUUGUCACCUUCUCACCAAGCUGCUUGGCGAUGGUCUUGUAGCCCAUUCCAGCCUUGUGUAGGUCUACAAUCUUGUCCCUGACAUCUUUGGAGAGCUCUUUGGUCUUGGCCAUGGUGGAGAGUUUGGAAUCUGAUUGAUUGAUUGCUUCCCUUUAAGAGUGUGCUCCUAAUCUCAGCUCGUUACCUGUAUAAAAGACACCUGGGCGCCAGAAGUCUUUCUGAUUGAGAGGGGGUCAAAUACUUAUUUCCCUCAUUAAAAUGCAAAUCAAUUUAUAACAUUUUUGACAUGUGUUUUUCUGGAUUUUGUUGUUGUUAUUCUGUCUCUCACUGUUCAAAUAAACCUACCAUUAAAAUUAUAGACUGAUCAUUUCUUUGUCAGUGGGCAAACGUACAAAAUCAGCAGGGGAUCAAAUACUUUUUUCCCUCACUGUAUACCCAUAGACUUCCAGGCGUUGCACUAACGCUAGUUAGCAUUGGCUCACGAAACUACCUCUAACGUCCUUCAUACUGUACACAGAGACAUAAAAAGUGUAUCCACAAAUUCAUCUGACUCUGGGGAAGUAGAUAAAGGGCCUCAUUGCCAAAAUCCUUAAGUAUCCAUUUAACACUGUCUGUGCUGUCUAUCUUUCAAAAUUGUUUGUCUGUAGUUGAAGCUGUAUUUCCCUCUGGGAUCAGUAAACAAUUAAUCAAUAAAACAAUACCCCUCCCUCUCUUUCUCCUAGGAUGAGAUCCUGAAGGCAGCGGUGAUGAAAUAUGGGAAGAAUCAGUGGUCUCGUAUUGCCUCCCUGCUGCACCGCAAGUCUGCGAAACAGUGCAAGGCCCGCUGGUCAGUCUGUGUGUGUGCGUGUCUGUGUGUGGCAUGCAUGAGAAGCUGAGCCCCAACACCAAAGAAGACCGAGUGGUUUCUGUGAGUGUGUGUGUGUGUGUGUGUGUGGAAAGAGGUCUGUGUGUAUAUAAUGUGUUGUGUUUGUGUGUAGGUAUGAGUGGUUGGAUCCUAGCAUUAAGAAAACCGAGUGGUCCAGAGAGGAAGAGGAGAAGCUACUCCAUCUGGCCAAGCUUAUGCCGACCCAGUGGAGGACCAUUGCUCCUAUCAUAGGACGCACCGCUGCCCAGUGUCUGGAGCACUACGAGUUCCUACUGUAAGACACAAACACACUUUCUCUUUGUGUUCAGAGAAGACUUAUUGGAGUGUUCUUAUGCUUUUUCUUCUUGAUGUGUUUCUUCUAGAGACAAAGCGGCCCAGAGGGACAAUGAGGAAGAUACAGCUGACGAUCCCAGGAAAUUGAAACCUGGAGAGAUCGACCCCAACCCUGAAACCAAGCCCGCUAGGCCUGACCCUGUGGACAUGGACGAAGGUACACAAAGUGCAACUUUUCCUCGGGUCGUUGCUGUGCAGUCAACUUGUAUGGUAAAAAUAAAUAAAUGAGACCAUACCUGACGUGUGUGUGUGUGUGUGUGUAUAGAUGAGCUGGAGAUGCUGUCUGAGGCCAGAGCUCGUCUGGCCAACACUCAGGGGAAGAAAGCCAAGAGGAAAGCCAGAGAGAAACAGCUGGAGGAGGCCAGGUAGACACAUACACCUUUUACACACCAGCACACAUCUGUUUCAAUCGAGCUGUGUCAUGUGAAUACAACAAAUGCAGGAUUUGUAAUUGUUUGCGAACUGUUAUGCUGUGGCACUUGUAGCUGCAUAACGUUCAGCAUAACCUUCAGACAGACAUUUCAGAAUUUGCUCAGUGCUACCACCAAAUAAAGAAAAUGUACUACCCUGACAAACACACGUCCUCUUCCCCCCCCUCCCAGACGUCUGGCUGCUCUACAGAAGCGCAGGGAGUUGAGGGCAGCAGGCAUCGAUGCCCAGAAGAAGAGGAAGAAGAAGAGAGGAGUGGACUACAAUGCUGAGAUCCCUUUCGAGAAGAAGCCUUCUCAGGUAACACUUCACACAGACAUCUUACAGACACACAGACAUUUCACACACAUCAAUGUAGUAUUGGGUGCUAAUGUUCAUUAUGAUUCCAGGGUUUCUAUGACACCAGCAUGGAGCUCUACGAUGGUCUGGAACCAAACUUCAAACGCCUGCGACAACAACACCUGGACGGAGAGCUACGCAAGUCAGUCACACACACUAACUCUACUGGGCUAACAUGCUGACCACACCGCUCGCGUUAUGUACACAAGCGUUGCAAAAUAAAUGUACACAUACAUUUUAUUCAAUAAUUUCAUCCAAACUGCUCGCACGUGCCAACGAGCGUCUGCGUAGCAGGCGCUAAAAUAGAACUUGGUUCUAUUUUUGAAGCUUCACGUGCUGCAAGUCCUGCCUCUCCCAUCUCAUUGGUUUUUAGGAGCCAAGAGGAAAGCCCACGUGGGUGAUUGAAAGCUGAACUGAGGUCCACACUGCAGUCCAGUUGGUGGUGGUUAUGCACCUUAAAGUUGGUUGCCAACUGCCAUAUAAAGUCAGAAGUAGACUGAAGGAGUAGCGAUUAAUAGAAACGAACUAAGUUUCCCCUUUUAUCUGUGGAUUAAUUGUCGGAGUAGAUAACACACAAAUUUGUUGGCCUCAAAAUGGGUACACAUUCUACAAAUAUCCAAGAGAAAAAGGACCUUGUGCAUUUCAGGUAAAAUAACAACCCAAUGUUUAUAUCCCAAGACAAAUUAGCUAGCAACAGCAAGCUAGCUAGCUAAAUGUCCAUGAAUGUUUCAUGUGUUUCGACCUGUCCCCAAAUUAAUAUAGUUGGUUCAGAGUUCGUUUUGAUAUUUCAACCUGCGUGUCCUGUGUAGUCAGCAUGUAAUGCUACAUGUGUGAUGUGGUUGGGCUGUGUAUAGAUAUUUUUUCCAUUUGAAUGUGAAGAGGAGAGACCUGUGUGUGUCUGACAUUAUUUGUGUCCUCAGUGAAAAGGAAGAGAGGGAGAGGAAGAGAGAUAGACAGAAGAUCAAGAAGAAGAAGGAGAGUGAUCUUCCGUCAGCCAUCCUGCAGACCAGCGGAGUAGCAGAGUUCACCAAGAAACGCAGCAAACUGGUGCUGCCUGCACCGCAGGUAACACUGCUGUGUGUGUGUGUGUGUUCAUCUCUGAUGCAUAGCUAGAGGAAGUGGUGAAGUUGGGUAAGGCCAGUGAAGUUUGACUGUGUGUGUCUGACGCUGUCUGUUGUGUGUGUGUCUUGAUGCUGUGUCUUUCUGACGCUGUGUGUGUGUAGAUCUCUGAUGCGGAGCUGGAGGAGGUGGUGAAGCUGGGUCAGGCCAGUGAAGUUGCUCGUCAGACCGCUGAGGAGUCUGGGAUCACUAACUCUGCCUCCUCAGCCCUCCUAUCAGAAUACAGCCUCACCAACAGCGCUAUGGCAACUGGGCUACGCACCCCCAAGACCCCCGCAGCUCAGGAUAAGAUACUACAGGUACACACAUUCUCUCUCCCUUUUUUCUGUCUCUCGGGAUAUAACAUGAAGCAAGCUAUCCACUAUACAUAAAGGGCCACCACGAGCCGCCAGAACAGCUUCAAUGCGCCUAGGCAUAGAUUCUACAACUUUCUGGAGAUCUAUUGGAGGGAUGUGACACCAUUUUUCCACGAGGAAUUCCAUAAUUUGAUGGUGGUGGAAAACGCUGUCUCAGGCGCCACUUCAGAAUCUCCUGUAAGUGUUCAAUUGGGUUGAGAUCUGGUGACUGAGACACAUACGCACCCUUUAAACCCCCUAUGCUCCUUUGAGACCCUCUAUGUCACUGAAAUCUCUUCUAGCCAUGGGAGCCAAAAUAAUGGCCAGCUGGGCAUUUUUAUAUGACUUGAAGCAUGAUGGGAUGUUCAUUUCUUAAUUAACUCAGGAACCACACUUGUGUGGAAGGACCUGCUUUCAAUAUUCUUUGUAUCCCUCAUUUAUUCAAGUGUUUCCUUUAUUUUGGCAGUUACCUGUAUCUCUCUCUAUAUAUAUCUCUCUAGGAGGCCCAGAACCUUAUGGCUCUGACUAACGUAGACACUCCUCUGAAAGGAGGUCUGAACACUCCUCUCCACCAGAGUGACUUCUCAGGAGUCACACCCCAAAGACAGGCAGUACAGACACCUAAUACUGUACUGACCACACCUUUCAGGUACACACGCAAGCCAUCCACACACACGCAAAACAGCUACCUAAUUCUGUACUGACUAUUGACACAUACUAUGUUGUUGUUGUAGAACCCCUGGUCCGGGGUCCGAGGGCAGUAUGACCCCCCAGGGAGGUUUAACCCCUAAAGGACCUGGUACUGUGACCCCUGGAGUAACCCCUGGACGCACCCCUCUACGAGACAAACUCAACAUCAAUACUGAGGAACAACUAGCAGAUCCUGCCUACGCUAAACAUCUGGUAACAAAAACUACUAUUGAGUUGGCUAAUGUUUUGUAUGAGUUCUUCUGUGUUUGUGUGUAACUGUUUAGUGUGUGUAGCAACGAGAGUCGAGGGAGCAGCUGAAGCUGGGUCUGAUGUCGCUGCCGGUCCCCAAGAAUGACUUUGAGAUUGUUCUACCAGAAAACGCAGAGACUCAACUGGAGGAAAUGGAGACAGAGACCGGAUACAUAGAGGAUGCCUCAGAGAUAGAGCUACGCAAACAGGUAUACUGUAACUCAUAGUCACAUGCACGCAUGCAUACAACUCAUAAAGCUCUACUGUAGACUAUUCUAUCUACAUAUGUCUAAUUAUGUGUGUGUUGCAGGCUGUUAGGGAUGCAGAGAGGGAGAAAGAGCUGAAGCUGAGACACACUGCUGUACAGAGGACUCUACCCAGACCAUCAGAGGUAAGCACACACUCUCUCUCACACACAGUCCCAGUGCUGCAUCACCUUCUCCCCUUCCCGGCCCUGACAUUAGCGACAAUACUAAUGCAGAAUUGUGUGUAGGUGAAUGAGUCCAUCCUGCGUCCGAUGGGAACAGAUCCUCUGUCAGAGCUGCAGCAGGCUGAGGAGAUAAUCAAGAAAGAGAUGAUCACCAUGCUGCACUUUGACUGUCUACACCACCCACCAGCCAACCAACAGGUAGGAGUACACAUGCACACACAGAGCUACGUUUGGGGCAGAACUGACAUCCUUUGUUUAUCCAACCACAGCGCAGCAAACAACGAGGGCCUGCCUCCACCUCCAACAACGCAGAACACAUCGCCCACCUGGACAGACACCCCUACCAGCCAAUCAGCAAUGAGGAUCUGGCACAGGUAAAACAAACACACACCUAUUAGCCAGUGUUUCCCAACCGGUUUCCACUUCAUCGCAAUGGUCUCCAUUAGGGGUGUGUCGAGUAGUCAGACAAAACAAGUAUCGUAAUGGAUAUGGGCAAUUUCCAGAAAACGAUUAUGAUCGGAGUAUUUUUUUGUAAUUAUCCGUGAUCGGGUGCCAGCACGCAUCUUUCAUGUCAGUCAGUCAUGUGCGAGGUUCUACAUAGUUUAAAUAACUAAACUGGCUGUUUUUAAAGAGAAGUGUGGGCUGUACGUUGAUCUUGCUGCUCUGUAUUUCUCAUCCACUUGCGUCAUAAUUUCACCCGAUCAGUUUUCCUCAUGUUUUCGGUCUGAUCAUUUAGAUUGCUGGUGCCUGCUACUAUGAUAAAUCACAUGGCGAAGACGUUUGCUAUCAAGCUAUGAAUGUGCAUAUCUUAACAGGCGGGGCAAGGGUAGCGAGUGGCGCAGUGGUCUAAGGCACUGCAUUGCAGUGCUAGCUGUGCCACUAGAGAUCCUGGUUCGAAUCCAGGCUCUGUCGUAGCCGGCCGCGACCGGGAGACCCAUGGGGCGGCGCACAAUGGGCCCAGCGUCGUCCAGGGUAGGGGAGGGAAUGGCCGGCAGGGAUGUAGCUUAGUUGGUAGAGCAUGGCUUUUGCAAUGCCAGGGUUGUGGGUUCGAUUCCCACGGGGGGGGCAGUAUGAAAAAUAAAAAAUGUAUGCACUCACUAACUGUAAGUCGCUCUGGAUAAGAGUAUCUGCUAAAUGACUAAAAUGGGUAGGGAAAAAAAGAUGAAAUGCUGAUGCCCAUUCUGACUGAGUGACAGCAAAUAUGGCUGCCCGCUGCAAGUUGAGGACACACACACAUACCCCUCCACACUCUGCUCCUAAUCUGCAGCUAUUUUUGCAUUGAGAAUGUGCAUGGAGGUAUUUUGCCAACAUCUACAGUGCAUUCGGAAAGCAUUCAGACCCCUUCACUUUUUCCACGUUUUGUUACGUUAGCCUUAUUCUAAAAAAUCCUCAUCAAUCUACACACAAUACCCCAUAAUGAAAAAGCGUAAACAGAUUAUUAGAAAUGUUUGCACAUUUAUAAAAAUGAAAUAAACUGAUAUUGACAUAAGUAUUCAGACGCUUUGCUAUGAUACUCGAAAUUGAGCUCAGGUGCGUCUUGUUUCCAUUGAGAUGUUCUACAACUUGAUUGGAGUCCACCUGUGGUAAAUUCAAUUAAUUGGACAUGAUUUGGAAAGGCACACACCUGUCUAUAUAAUGUACCACAGUUGACAGUGCAUGUCAGAGCAAAAACCAAGCCAUGAGGUCGAAGGAAUAGUCCGUAGAGCGCAGAGACAGGAUUGUGUCAAGGUACAGAUCUGGGGAAGGGUACCAAAAAAUGUCUGCAGCAUUGAAGGUCCCCAAUAACACAGUGGCCUCCAUCAUUCUUAAAUGGAAGAAGUUUGGGACCACCAAGACUCUUCCUAGAGCUGGCCGCCCGGCCAAACUGAGCAAUCGAGGGAGAAGGGCCUUGGUCAGGGAGGUGACCAAGAACCUGAUGGUCACUGACAGAGCUCCAGAGAACCUCUGUGGAGAUGGGAGAACCUUCCAGAAGGACAACCAUCUCUGCAGCACUCCACCAAUCAGGCCUUUAUGGUAGAGUGGCCAGACGGAUGCCACUCCUCAGUAAAAAUCACAUGACAGCCCGCUUGGAGUUUUCCAAAAGGCAGCUAAAGACUCUCAGACCAUGAGAAACAAGAUUCUCUGGUCUGAUGAAACCAAGAUUGUACUCUUUGGCCUGAAUGCCAAGCGUCACGUCUGGAGGAAACCUGGCGCCAUCCCUACAGUGAAGCAUGGUGGUGGCGGCAUCAUGUUGUGGUGAUGUUUUUCAGCGGCAGGGACUGGGAGACUAGUCAGGAUCGAGGGAAAGAUGAACGAAGCAAUGUACAGAGAGAUCCUUGAUGAAAACCUGCUCCAAAGCGCUCAGGACCUCAGACGGGGGCGAAGGUUCACCUUCCAACAGGACAACAACCCUAACCAUACAGCAAAGACAACGCAGGAGUGGCUUCGGGACAAGUCUCUGAAUGUCCUUGAGUGGCCCAGUCAGAGCCCGGACUUGAACCCGAUCUAACAUCUCUGGAGAGACCUGAAAAUAGCUGUGCAGUGACGCUCCCCAUCCAACCUGACAGAGAAGAUCUGCAGAGAAGAAUGGGAGAAACUCCCCAAAUACAGGUGUGCCAAGCUUGUAGCGUCAUACCCAAGAAGACUUGAGGCUGUAAUCGCUGCCAAAGGUGCUUCAACAAAGUACUGAGUAAAGGGUCUGAAUACUUCUGUAAAUGUGAUAUUUGUUUUAUUUUUAAUAAAUUAGCAAACAUGUCUAAACAUGUUUUUGCUUUAUUAUGGGGUAUUAUGUGUAGAUUGAGGGGGGAAAAAACAAUUUAAUCCAUUUUAGGCUGUAACAUAACAAAUUGUGGAAAAAGUCAAGGGGUCUGAAUGCUUUCCGAAUGCACUGUAUAUUAAAGUGGUCAAAAGUUUAGUAUUUGGUCACAUUCCUAGCAUGCAAUGAUUACAUCAAGCUUGUCUCUACAAACUUGUUGGACACAUUUGCUGUUUGUUUUGGUUGUUUCAGAUUAUUUUGUGCCCAAUAGAAAUUAAUCAUAAAUAAUGUAUUGUCAUUUUGGAGUCACUUUUAUUGUAAAUAAGAAUAGAAUAUGUUUCUAAACCCUUCUACAAUGUGGAUGCUACCAUGAUUACGAGGUAAUCGUGAAUAAUGAGUGAGAGUUAAUGCACAAAUAUCGUACCCCCAAGACAUGCUAACCUCUCAAUUACAAUAACGGGGGAGGUUAGCAUUUUUUGGGUGGUAUGGUAUGUAUGCCUCUGACUUCCUCACUCAUCAUUAUUCACGAUUAAUUCAGGACUAUCCGUAAUCAUGGUAGCAUCCACAUUAAUGUAGAAGUUUUUAGAAACACAUUAUAUUCUUAUUUACAGUAAAAGUGACUCCAAAAUGACAAUACAUUAUUUAUGAUUAAUUUCUACUGUGUUUUUUAUUUCUCAGCUGCGCCGUUAUAAAACCAGAGUAGCCGGGCUAUUCGAGUGCAUAUGGAUGACGUGUAUUUUUUCCCAUGCCCCUGUUCCUACCUAUUUGUUAAUGGGCCAUGCUAAAUCAAAACAAAUUUUACAUAUUAGUGUUAGACAAGAUUCAAUUGAGAAUAGUCUGAUGGGUGAAAAUAUGAUCACUUGAUGAGAGAACAGGGUAUGAAGCCUGAGGCAAGGGAAAAAAUAUCCUUUCAAUUUUACUCAAUUCAAAGUUCAGUUAUAUUAUUAUUAUUAAAAUCAUAUAAUAUAAAAUAAUGGCAGGGGACUUAUAAGCAGAUCUUGUCUGCUAAAUGAACAAGCCUACAGCCUAUGGCAUGGGGCAUAAUAAUAUUAAUAAUAUAAUAUGCUAUUUAGCAGACGCUUUUAUCCAAAGCGACUUACAGUCAUGUGCGCAUACAUUUUUACGUAUGGGUGGUCCCCGGGGAUCAAGCCCACUACCCUGGCGUUACAAGCGCCAUGCUCUACCAAUUGAGCUACAGAGGACCGCUUAGCCAGAUAACAUACAGUAGGCCGACUCGUAUUCGGUUCUCCUGAAAUACAUUUCUUAUCAUGUUGCUUUAGACCUGCCUAAAAUAAAUAAUGGAUUUAUUGUGAUGGUGUAUAUUCAAUGGAUUAAAUUGACUUUUUUAAAUGUAGAUGUUUCAAAGACGCGCAUCAACGGCUUGUAUGCGUGGAGGCCUAGAGAUGCUAAAUAUGUUUGUUGAUUUAAUGGUCAAUUACUGUGAGACUUUGUCUAUUUGCAUGACAAUAACUGGCUGACAAAAUUUCAUGACCGACACAGCCCUAUCCACGCAAUGUGAAAAUGUGCUUGUAAAUGAUCAAAUGUGUGUCUUCUCCCCUCCCACCAGGCCAGUGAGUUGCUGAGCCAGGAGAUGGAGGUGGUGAGGGCAGGUAUGGGUCACGGGGACCUGUCCAUGGAGGCCUACAGCCAGGUGUGGGAGGAGUGUUACGGCCAGGUGUUGUAUCUCUCCGCCCAGAGCCGCUACACCAGGGCCAACCUAGCCUCCAAGAAGGACCGAAUAGACUCCCUGGAGAAGAAACUAGAGGUGAGACCACACACAUGCACACACGAUCAUGUUCUUUUUACACCAGAAGCUGCUGAUCCUUAGGUGGCUUAUGAUGUAUAUUAUGACGUAUCUGUAAGUGAAUGUGUGUGUUUAUGAUGUGUGAAUCUGUGUAUUCCUAGAUAAACCGAGGCCAUAUGACGUGUGAGGCCCGUCGUGCUGCUCGUCUGGAGCGCCGUCUCAAGGUGAAUAUAUAUAUAUAUAUAUAUAUAUAUAUAUAUAUAUAUAUAUAUAUAUGGAUACUCUUUCCGUAUGUGUCUGAAGGUGUUUCUAAACAGUACCAUUUGUGUGCUCUAGGCCUACUGAAGCAUAAUGGUGAUCUGUGGGAGCAGUUAUAUGGUAUGUGUGUGUGUAGGUGUUACUAGGAGGGUACCAGUCCCGUGCUGUAGGCCUGCUGAAGCAGCAUGGUGAACUGUGGGAGCAGGUUGAGCAGGCAGCUACAGAGCUCCACACCUUCACUGAGUUGAAGAAACAAGAAGACACCGCAAUACCCCGUAGACAAGAGGUACAUGUACUCACGCACACACCCCGCCAUAUCACAGAAACAACAGGUUACGUACACACACUGCAGCUGACACAAACUGGAGGCAUGUGAAGUUGCUUAUUGGACUUAAUUUUCUCUUUUCGUCUAGGCUCUAAGGGAGGAUGUGGAGAGACAGCAGGAGAGAGAGAAGGAGCUGCAACAGAGAUAUGGAGACCUGCUGCUGGAGAAAGAAGCUCUGUUGACUUCCAAAUUCUAACACAUACAUACAUACACCAUAUGUGCUUACUAUACACACCAAACACACAACACCAACACAAACUAUAAAAACACAUUGAGUAAAUGCACACACGCUACUGGAGAAGGUGUCUGCUAAAGCACAGGAUCAUAGCCACCCUAGUCUCCCUCAGCAAAUCUGUGAGAAAAAAAUGUUGUGCUGAUUUGCUUUUUAUUUUCCAAAGGUAAAAAGACAUACAAGUGAAUGAUCUAUUGUAGCUCCGCCUCUAUGUUUUGAUGUCAUGGCCCAGUGCUGUGAGCAUGCUAAGUAGUUACCUAGUGUCGGUCUGUCCUCUGACUAGUGAUCAGUCGUUCAUGUCAUUGGAAUAAAAGAGAUCAAUACAAAUCUGAUUUCUCAUUUGCUUUGUUGUCUGUCCCAUGCUGACAGAUUGAUGUUAACCCUCAAAUUCCUGCCUGACAGUGUUCACGCUUAUCCAUAACUGUUAGCUGUAAGGUGUUGACAGUGGUGGAAAAAGUACUCAAUUGUCAUACUUGAGUAAAAGUAAAGAUA